AACUAAGAAACUGCUAUCAACCAACUGCAACAACGUUCUAAAAUAGCCUGCCCCAUCCUUCUUGCUAAGCACUUCAAGGGAGAGAUUGCCACCCAUGGCAUACCUGGUACCGGUACCCUAUGCUUGACGGUUUGUCUCCACAGCGCCGAAAAAGACAGCAGCAGCAAUUAACUCCUGCGGUAGUCACAGUUCAACUGCAACACGGCAGCAAAGAUCACUGUGGAGUUCAUCGUGGAGAGUUGACAAGAUUGCGUUGUAAAGGCCAGCGCCGAGUCUCAUAAACAAAGCACCAGGACAAACAAGAUCAAAGAACCACCACUACCAAGAAACAAUGAUGAAGACUGCAUUCGCUAUUGUAUUUCUUACUUCUCAAGUCAAUGGAUACGGACUUCGAGGACUCACACUCCAACACUAUUGUCCGCUUCCGGGAACUGGGAACACGUGCCCCAGCAACAUCAAUACUGUGGCCUGUGGAGAAGGCUAUAGAUGCGAGUACGAUAAUGCGUGUUUGGCCAAUGCUGCUGGCUUUGUCAACUGCCUACCCGUGGAUGAUUUUUGUCCUCUUCCUGGACCCGGAAUCAGCUGCCCCCUCAAUAAAGAGAUUGUCAUUUGCAACCAAAAGUGUCAGUACGAUAAUUUGUGCCUGGCUAAUGCUGCUGGUUUUGCAUUCACUUCUUGUAUGCAUGUACCACCCCCGUGCAACCCAACCACUGCCGCAAAUUGUCCACCCAUUCAACCACCCCCUGUUACAAAUCCCCCUGUGCCCCCAUGCAAUCCCACAACAGGAGCAAAUUGUUGAUAUAUCUGGUUGUAAAACAAAAUAGAAUAAAGGUAGAGCGGAUUUUCGACAGUGUAUUACUACAAGUACAUAGCAUCAUGAUAUCCGUACUCUUUUGUGUUCUGGCG